AUGACAUCCAACGAAAAAACACAUUUACAUACCUUUUUAUCACCAAUACAAGAAGUGCAAGAGCCGCAACCAUUACAAGAAACAACAUCAUUGCAACAACAUGAACAAGAAGCGUUACCACCAUCAUCAUCGAUUAUUUCCAAUAUAUCACUAUCUUCUAAUAUUGAACAACAAGCAGUAUCAACCACCUCUACCGCAGAGUUCACUUUUAGACCCCAUUUUUUUCCUUCUUCAUCGAAUGUACAAGAUACCAAUUCUUCUUUAGAUUCUUCGACAGCAACAAAAAUAGCCAAAACAGCUGUUGCAAUUAAAAGUACUAACUUACUAUUAGAUAGUAAUAACAAUACACCGGAACCAUCAUCUUCAUUAAAUGUAUUUUCACAACCACUUUUUAGAAAUAAAUCAACUCGAGUUUCUUUUAAAGAAUUUCAAAAAAACGCGUCAUCAAAUUUAUUAUUAUCUACCGAUGCUAAUACCAAUAUCAAUUCUAUUAAAUCAAAACUUCAUUGUUAUGAUGGUGAUGACGUUGCAAUUGAAAAUAGUCAAGAAAAAAGUUAUAUUUCUGAGAAGAAUGAUUCUAAAUCUUGUACUCCUACAAUUGAAAAAAACAAUGUUCCAUCAACAUUAUUAUCAUCACAGCAGAAUCAAAUACAAAAUUUGGAAUCUACAAAACAAGAUUCCACGAAUUCCACACAAUCUAAAACAACGGAUUCCACAAACUCUAAAAAUUCAACAAAAUCCACAGAAAUUUCAACAAAAUCUGGUACCACAAAUUCAAAAGUUGCAAAAUCGUUAUUAACAAAAAAUAAUAAUGUCUACAGUGCAUCAUCAUUGACAACAGCAGAAAAAUCUGCUGCAAUUAGAAAAGUUAUUUUUACUUCUCAAGAUUUUUCAAAAAAAUUAGCAUCAUCACAAAAUAAUUCUUUGAAUAAACAACAAUUAGAGAAUUUGGCAAAUGCUGGAUUGAAUGACGAUGCAGAUUUGAAUAUCGCUCCAGACCUUGAUGCUGAUAAGGAGGAUACUGAUAAUUCACCAAUUAUAAUUGAACAAAAAAAUAACAAUAUCGAAAAAUCUUCUGCUACUAAAGCAUCUACCUCCAUUCUCACUUCUGUUUCUGACUUUCCCUUUAAUUCUAAAAUAACAGAAAUCUACAAUAAAGUAGAAAACAUCAAUAAUAAUCCCAUUGACAACAGUAACCUCAUCAAUAAUAAUAACUCUACCAACAAUGAUUCUAUCGAUAAUCCUGCAAAUAAUUGUAAGAAUAUAAAAAAUCAAAAUCAAUCCAAUAACAAUAUUAAUAAUAAUAAUAUUGAGAGUUUGAAAUUAUUCGAUGAAUUGGAUUCAAUUGUAACUUCUAUUUAUAAAUGGAAAGAAGAAGUCAACAAAAAAGACAGUUUUAUUAAAAACCUUCAAGGUGAAAUAAAUUCCUUAAAUAAUUCACUAAAAAGACGUGACAAUUCAUUAACAUUAUACCGAGAUCGUGCUGAUAUUGUAGAAUCAAUUGUUAAACGUCAGUUAGAUAGUUCAGAUAACAAUAAUCGACGAAUUGAAGCAAUCAAAUCAAGGUUUGCUUUAUUUAAAAACACCCUUACCAAGAUAAAUAAAAAAUUUGAUGAAUUAUAUGAUCAAAAGGGGAAAUUCAGAGAUAAGAUUGAUUCUAUAAAAAAAGAAUUUCAAAAUUUAUCUUUUCAACAUCAAAUUACCAUAAAAAACCAUUCGUCAAUCUCAAAAACAUAUCAAGAACAAAUAACUCAAACUAAUGAAAUAAAUAAACAACUUACACAAGCUAGUGCACAAACUAACGAAGUAAUAAAUCAAUUUCGAAAAGACUUGCAACAAAACGACUUGAAAAAUUCUCUACUUACAUCUGAAUUAGAAACUAGCAAACUAAAGGUAGAAAGUUUGUCGAAUGAUUGCGAAAUAUUAAAAGCGACACAUUCAAAAGAACUUCGUGCCAUGAUGAUGUCUUUACAACACAGUGAAGAAUCUUGUAAGAAUUAUUUAGGAAUUAAUAAAGAAAAAGAAGAAAAAAUUUCUUCUUUAUUAAUUGAAACAAAACGGUUUCAACAAGAAUUGGAAUUUGCUAAAAAAGAUAUUGAAAAAUUGGAUAAAUUUGUUUCAGAGAAAGAAGAAAGAAUAUCUUUAUUAUGCAAUGCAGAAACAGAACGAGAUAAACUAAAGAUAGAAUUGGAACAAACAAAUAUCAAUGGUAAACGAGAUAUGGAAGUACUUCAACAUGAAUUGGAAAAAUUGCGAGCUCAAAUAACAAUUAAUCAUCAACGAUUUGACACGGAAUUACGCGAGGAAAAAUAUCGCUUACAAACAGAAUUUCUAAAAGAACGUACUCAAUUAGAAUCAGAAUGGCGCGGUCAACGUGCUGAACUUGAGUCACAAGCCAGAGAAGAACGAGCGCAACGAAGCCGCUUAGAUUCCGAGUUUCGUGAAAGUAAAUCGGAAAGAUAUAGGUUAGAGGCGGAAUUAAAUGAUUCUCGUCAUAAAAUUGAUGAAUUAUUUCAAAUUAACAAUAGUGAUAAAUUAAGGAUUUCACAAUUAGAAACUCAAUUAGGUGAUGUUUUGCGACGAAAUUCUGACAGAAGAUCAGUUUCUAUAGGAACAUCGGAUUAUCCUGAUUUGGAUCUUCAAGAUCAAUACAAGAAACUUGAUUUAGAAUUGGAAAAAGAGAAAACCAAUCGAGCUAAAGAAAUUAAAGAGCUUAAUGCUGAUUUAGAAAAUUGGAAGUCUAAAUCUGAUAAGUUUGAAACAGAAAUGUCAUCUCUAAUCAUCGAACAUGAAGAACUAAAAGUUGCAAAUAAUAAUUUACUUUUAGAAACUGAUAAUUUAAAACUUAGGCAAAAAGUUGCGAUGGAUCAAGUUUUAAAGCAAUCUGCUAUUUAUUACCAAGAAUCCGUAAAAAAAACAGCCAUCGAGCAUACCAGUGAAAUUAAUAAACGCGAAAUUUUAAUUAAAAACCUUGAAGUUAAAGAAAAAUCAUUAACUGAUAAAAUAGAGUCACUCAAAGUCAAACUUUGCAAAUUGGAAGCCAAUGAAAAAUCUUUAAUGAAACAACUUAAUCUAAAUAACAAACAUAAUGUAAAUGGAGACUUAAAAUCAAUUAGCGAAUCAGCUCAACAAGAAAUUGCUGAACUAAUGAAUCCUCAAGUUUCCAAUUUUAUAUCACCAAUGAAUUUUCUAAAUGAUGAUGAAAGUAAUGAAUUUGACACAUUAAACAAGAAAUCUAUUAAACAUUCGUCGUCGAUAGUUAUGUCAAAAGCAUCAAAUGAAUCUUAUGGAAUUUCCUGCCAACAUAUUUUAUCAUUAACCGAAAUUAACAAGAUG